AUGGAGGAGAGUACGGGAAGCAAUUCUGUUUGCUUUGAAGAAGUUGAUGAAAAAAUAACACUCACAGUUAAGGGACAUACAGGAAACAAGUUCAGCUUCACCAUGAAGCGUCACGAAACAUUUCUAGGCCUCAAGACUGCGUACUGUGAGAGUCGAGGAUACGGUGAUCAUAAGAACACGAGGUUCAUUUGGAAUGGCAAGCAGCUUUGCUGCCGCGAUACUCCCAACGACUUUGGAAUCGAAAAUGGCGAUGUUAUUGAUGCUGUGCUUAGUCUAAGAGGCUGCUAA